GGAGUUUUUCUCUCGAAUGUUGGUUCGUGUUUGAAUCUCUGAUGCUCGAUAUAUAAGGAGGACCUGAACUCUGAGCUGGAUCUGUGUCUGAAGGUCUUGACUCGCAGGAUGAACGCCGUCAGAACUCUGUUUCUCUUGGCCGCCGGCCUCUCUGUGGCUUGCUGUGGUCCAGUCCUGUCUCGCCACGAAAGGGCGCUCAACCAGUUCUGGAUCCAGAUCCGGUGCGAGAUGCCCGACAGCCGGCCGAUUAUUGACUACGCUCACUACGGCUGCUACUGUGGAAAGGGCGGCGGUGGCACGCCUGUGGACGAUCUGGACAGGUGCUGCCAAGUGCACGACAACUGUUACGGUGACGCCAUGCAGCUCAACGCAUGCUGGUCCAUCUUCCACAACCCUUACACCAAGAUGUACUCCUACAGCUGUGACAAAGCAAGCAAGACACUCACCUGUAACAAGAAAAACAACGCAUGCAAGAUGUUCAUCUGCGAGUGUGACAGGAAGGCCGCCGAGUGUUUCGCCAAAUCGCCUUAUAACCCCGAGCACAAGCGACUGCCCAGCGACCGAUGUCAGUAGAAGACCUCUGCAGUUAAUCCAAUGCAGGAUCCAGUCCCACACACGACACACCCAUCACUGAGCUCUCAGGAGCGGCAGCAGCUUGUUUCGUCCGCUCAUUGAAAUACUCCCACUGACUUUGUACUGUCACAUUCACAAGGUCAUGGUUUUCUUUUCUCCUUCUUUCUUUGUGCUGCAUCUCUAUUGUCAGCUGUGGAUCUGUAUCCUGACAAGAAACACCAGUAGAUCUGCAUCUCUCAUUAACUGAUGCUGGUUAUUCACAGGUAUAAUCCUAACUCAAGUUUCCAGUAGAGGGCGCUCUCAUCUAGCUCUUUCUUCCCUUGCUUGCAGAAAGUAGUUUACAGACUGUAGACUUUAAUAUUGGCACUUUAUCAAAUUAUACAAAUGCUUGCAGUACUCAAUAAAGAAGAUAAAAAA